GCAUCCUGAAGGAGCAUCGGGCAGAGAGCAGAUGCAUCUGGAAGGGAUGAGCUCCCACGUGGCUGUUGCCAAUGCGGGGCGUCCUGCUGCGGUGAAGCGGGCCAAGAUCCAAUUCUGGGAGGAUGGCCCCGCGACACAGCGUGACUACAAAAUGCCAGAGGUCACCGCCAAAGGUACGCGGGUCCACUGCCAGCACAGGAGCAGAGCUGCCAGCAAGUCCUGGCACUGAGCGGGAGAGCCAGCACGGGGACCAUGUCAGGGCUGUCUCCCUUUGGGGCUGGGGACAGUGAGGACACUUUCCAUCUGCCACCUCCCUCCCGCUGCGAGGCAGUAGGAGCGCCGGGAAGCGGCAGAAGCAGAGUGUGACCCGCUUUUCCUCUGCCCUCCAGAGCGAGUUGCCGUCUGGGAUGCGGUGGCCGUCUACGUCCAGGAGCAGCUCCUGCUACGCAAGGGGGUCCGAAUUCCCACCUUCGGUUCCUUCAGCAUCGUCUCCGAACGGAUUGAGGCUGAGGAUGGAGCCAUGACUCUGCAGUGGCCUGCGUUUUGCCUGGCCAGGAACCUUGCGGGCAUCCACAACCUGAUGGAGAGCGACCCACCAGGCCAUAAGGAGGUGCAGCCCCUCAAGUACACUGAGGUGGCCGCGGCCGCAUCUGUGACCUGGCAGACUGGGAAGGCCUGCAUAUUUGGCACCACGUCCCUCGUUUCCCACUGCCUGAGGAAGGGGGAGAACAUUGCCUUUGUCCUGAAGGACAUAGGAGUGCUCCUCAUCGAGGGAACGAGAGUUCAGAUGAAGUUCUACUACGACUUCCUCGAGAGGAUCAGCGGGAAAGAGAACCUAGAGAAAGUUGUUUUCAAGGUGCCCCGGCUGCGGGACAUGGUGGUGUCCCGGGUGGCAGCUGUAGCCUCCCUGACGUCCUGUGGCCGAGUCAUCGUCUUUCCCAGGUUUCGACGGGAGUUUGUACCCAAACCACCACCCAGGACAGCCCGCAAGGCCUGCCAUGUCCCAUUGCCACCUCUUGACCAGGGCAAGAAAGAGGAACUUCCUGAAUUGCCACCCCUCCCCAGCUGGAUCCGCGUUACCUUUCUAGUGAAAAAACAGCCUGAGAAGGAAACAAGCGAUGUCAAGAAGAAGGCCAGUCAGCUGCCAGCAGUCCCGGGGGCGUCUUCUGCCAAAAAGCAGCCUCAGAAAAAAAAGAAGGGAAAAUGCUCUACCAAAAGCAAGGCGGCAGAGAUGGCUCCAGCAGAGGCAGCGCAACCUCCAAGUGGCAAAGAAGAAGAACACGGCGCGGUGAAAGCCCCCGCUGGAGGAGGAGUGCCGCAAAAGGCACAGGCCAAGCUCAGAAAGCACCGUGGAGCCCCAGCCCUGCAACAAACACCACUGGCAGCCCUAUGGUCCUCGAGCUCUGAGACCAGCCUGCCCGAGGAGCGCACCUACAGCGCCUCUGCUGCGGUGCCAGUGAUGCACAGGAGGACCAGAUCUCUGCAGAGUCAGCCACCAAAGACCAAAGCGGGGCUCCCCAGGCGGGGGAUGUCCUGUCCAUGCUGACCAGGGCAUGGGGUGCCCAGGAGAAGCAGAGCUCCACCUGAGGCUGCCAAACAGGUGCGCGAUUCCUCUCUGUGCCAUUCCUGGGGGCCUGUCUGCACCCUUCUUUGGUUUUGGCUCCAAGUUUGCUUUUGGAGGCACUUCUUGCCAUAAGACUGACUUAGCUAGGAGAUGACAGGUGGGUGUGGCAAUCAGCAUCACUUGGUGGACAAUUUUACAUUUGAAAGCAUUUCUUUGCAGCUGUUUGCCUUUGGCAGAGAGUGCUGACGAGAGGUUACUUGAGGAAGGUGUGGGCUGUGACCAAAAACUCCAGCUUGGUAUAGGAGAACUGAGGGAACAACGCCAUCGUAUCCUGCAAAAAACAGGAUGCAGGUGGGCACCUCCCUGCUCCCUCCUAUCUGCUGGCAAGGCGUGGGAGAUGGGGACAAAGGAGUUUCUGCUGAGACCCCAAAGCCACAAGCCGCCACUCCAAAGAGAGCUGACCGUUGUCGUCAACUGAACAACGACCCCUGAUGACCCAUCACUACUGUAGAUCGACGUCUGAGCUACGAACCACGCUGGACCUGUGGUGGUGACUGUCUCUCUCUUGCUUCCUACAAAGACGGCUUGCUUUUAUUUGCUAUCUUUUCUAUCGCCCGUCUUCCCUUCCCCAUCUCCUUAAACAACUUGGGUUUGUAAUAAAGCGGACGGGCUAACAUUUAA